AUGUUCAAUUCAACCAGACGUCAAUUGAUUCGUAGCAUUAAAUCUUCUUCUAUUGCAUCAUCAUCAUCAUCAACAACAACAUCAUUGAAGAGAGGAUAUGCUAUUACUAAAAUUCCAUUACCUUCUCUUUCACCAACAAUGACUUCGGGUGAAAUUGUCCAAUGGUUGAAGAAGGAAGGUGAUAAAAUCUCUGUUGGUGAUUCCUUGUGCGAAAUCAGAACAGAUAAAUCAGUAUUGGAUUUUGAAUCAACUGAAGAAGGUAUUUUGGGUAAAAUUAUCAUUCCUGGUGGAACAAAGAAUAUUGAAAUGGGUGCAACUAUUGGCUAUCUUGUUGAUAAAUUGGAUGAAAUUAAGAACAUUCCUACAACAUCUACUCCUGUUAGUAGUACUCCUGCUAGUACUCCAACAACAACAACAACCUCUACUACACCAGCCAGUACUUCUACUACUUCAUCAAGUGCUUGUAGUAAUUGGAAGGAUAGAAUGAAUCACUCUGCUCCAUUGUGUCCAUCUGUUCUUCGUAUUUUGAAUGAAAACACUUGGAUUCAUGUAAAGGAUAUUAAAGCAACUGGUAGAGGAGGUAGACUUACCAAGACUGACUUGAUUAAUUAUAUGAAUAAUAGAUCAUGCUCUUCAAACAAUGCUAUUGAUGCUUCUCCAAGAAUUACUAUUAACACAACAUCAACUCCACAACCAACCACAACUACUACUGCCACUCCAACUCCUCAAUCCACCAAGCCAACAGAAACCAAGCCACAACCAACCACUGCUGCUACUGCUGCUUCUUCACCAAUUAAAACAGCUGCAUUCAAUGAUAUUGAAACAACACAAAUUAGAAAGAUUAUUGCUUCUAGAUUACUUGAAUCUAAACAAAACAUUCCACACAGUUAUUAUACCAUUCAACCAAGAAUUGAUAAAUUAUUGAGUAUUAAGAAUAAGCUUGCAGAAAAGGGAGUUAAGGCCAGUGUUAAUGAUAUUAUUAUUUAUUGUGCUGCUAGAGCUUUACAAAGAGUUCCAGAAUGUAAUGUAAUUUUCAAUCUCAAUGGACAUACUCAAGUUGAAAAUAUUGAUAUUUCAUUUGCUGUUGCUACUCCAACUGGUUUAAUUACACCAAUUAUUCCAAAGACAAAUACUAAGAGUAUUGAACAAAUUGCUGCCUCUGUUAAGGAAUUAGGUAAGAGAGCUAAGGAAAACAAAUUGAAACCAGAAGAAUUCCAAGGUGGUUCUUUCUGUAUUUCAAAUCUUGGAAUGUUUGGUAUUCAACAUUUUGCUGCUGUUAUUAAUCCACCUCAUGGUAUCAUUCUUGCAAUUGGUGGUUCUGAAAAGAAACCUAUUUUUGAAACUGAAUCUUUAGAUUUGGAUAACAUGUCAACUGAAGAUAUUAGUAUUAAUGAUGUUCAAAUUGGUACUUUUAUGAGUGUUACUGCAGCUUGUGAUUCGAGAGCAAUUGAUGGAGUUACUGCUGGUAAAUUUAUGAAGGUUUUGAGAGAAGAAUUGGAAUUUGAUCUUUCUCUUUAAAUCAUCUAAUAAUUCAAUUAAUUACUUCUCUCUUAAAAUAUUAAAACAGUAUUUGUUUUGCUUUU